GGAAUCUCAUACUCAGGUUCCGCCAACCUGUUUUUUUCCCGCCUUUUCCGGCCUCUGAGUGGUUUCCGGGGAUAGGGGCAGCCGCCAUCGCCUUCCGCGUCAGAUCCUUCAGGUGGGGGGCAGUCGCCCCAAGUCUACUGUAGAUGACCAUGGAUGCUGUCAAAGAUGCUCCACCUUAGAAAAUGGGCCCAUGUUUUUUAACCCCUCAAAAAAUAUCCUGUUGUUUUCCAUAAUUGCACCUGGGGCCUCCUAACCUGUAACGGACAGACGACGUUUUAUAGUUCUGAGAAUCCCAGGCAGCUGCCUCCAUAUCAGCGCCAGCCCCUCUGGUUUAGAAAACUCAUUUUCAGUGAGAAGCCGAACCACCUUACCAAGAAACAAAGUUACUUUUUGUUUAUUUUCUGAGAGGCUCCUUAUAAUUUAUUUUUUAAGUUCUACCAAUACAGUUAAGGGGUUGAUUGGGGGGGAAAUCCUAUUAUGUUUUGUUACUGAUUUUCUAAUAAGGAUCUGACACUUAACCAACAUAGGCCCGAGAGAUGAAAGGAACUUUCCCAAAUCAUCUAGGCCAAGACAUCUAUUCUACAGAUGGGGAAACAGGAUGGAUUGGUUUCACUGCAAUCAAUGCUUCCAAAAAGAUGGGACCCAUUUCUUUGUAACCAGCUGUGGUCAUAUUUUCUGUAAAAAAUGUGUGACUAAAGAAAAAUGUGCUGUAUGUGGAGCUGCCUGCAAGCAUCUGGCUCUCUCUGAUAAUCUAAAACCUCAGGAAAAGAUGUUCUUUAAGAGCCCUGUGGAGACAGCUCUGAAGUAUUUUAGUCACAUCUCUCAGGUUUGGAGUUUCCAGAAAAAACAGACAGAUCUGCUUAUCACCUUUUAUAAACACAGACUUUCUAAGUCAGAAGCUGCCAUGCAGGAGGCCCAACGAACAGUGGCCAGUCAGGACAAGGAGCUAGUAGUGCUAAGGAAGGAAAAUGGGGAGCUGAAGAAAUUCCUGGCCAUCCUGAAGGAAUCUCCUAGCCGAUGCCAAGUAAACAGGUCUACCAUACCCCGGCCAGUAGGCAUCACUUCCCCGUCACAAUCAGUUACUUCACGACCCAGUUCCCAGCACAGUGACCAGGUGGUCAGUCGAUCUUCUUCCUUGGAAUCCAUUCCAUACAGAGUGUCUCACUUUGGUUGCUUUGGUCAACAGGGGAACAGAGGCCUGCAGGGAAGAAUUACUCCCAGGGAAUCUUAUACUGACACUUCUUCACCAGCUUCUACUAAUAGCCUCUCUUAUUGGGCUCUCUCUGCUUCCUCAGGACCAGGGAUUUUCUCUGUCAGACCUUAUAUAGAUGGUGUUGGUGGGAAUAGAGGUCUCACAUCCAGCCGCUCAAGUCAGAAUGAUGGUAGGUCAGCACCAGAAACUCCUGUGGCUUUCCAGCUACCAGUCCUGCAGCUGCAGGUCACCCCCCAGACACCUCAAUUACAUCAAAUUAGGUUGCCCAACAACGGAGGUAGAUGUGAUUAGUCAGGAAGAGUGAAGCAUGGAUCUUUCUCUGUUCCUGGAUUGAUCUCUCUCCUAUCUCUCCAUCUGUCCUGAAUAAGUUGACAGUGGGAUACAUUAUAGUUGUAGCUAAUCUUUAGGAUAUUCCCAGGAUAUUAUGAAAAAGAUUCCUUAAUCCUUGUUGACUUCAAAGUGCGUUGUAAAUUACUCAAAGAUUCCUUUACUUUUGGGAUAUUUGGAAAAAGAAGCACAACUGACAUAUACAUAUAUUGGUGUGUGGAAAGAUGGCUAUUUUUCCUCUCACAGUCAUAUGUAAAUGUAAUUAUCUCAUGCAAUUUACAUGCAGGAUAUAGAAACAGGUGACAGUACAAGCAAGGUGAAACAAGUAUAUCUUAACACUUGUUUCAUUUAUUUCAGGGUAUCAUUUCUCAUGGCCAAGAGCAAACCCUCAGCAAUAGAUUUAAUUCUUCCUUUCUCUUGUCCUGUCCUUACAAUGUUUUAUCCACAUACCUGUAACUUUCUUUAUGCUUACUAUUAAAAUGAUUUUCACUU